AUCUUUGGCUGUGAGUGAUUAUAUAUAUAUUAAAUAUAAUUCAAUUGGUGUUUUGUGCACAAAGGUGAGGAUUAAAGGGUUUUAGGAAUUGUCUAAUCGCACUUCUCUAUGUGAUUGCCUAUAGAAAUUGCCUUUAUCUGCCACACCCCCUUUGAAACAGCUAUUGUAUUUUCAGAGGAGAAAAGCAUGCACAUAUUUAACAACGAUAUGCUACUUAACCUUUUAUCUAUAAACAGUUAACUUAAUUUGUUUUGUUUUUUAUCACAUUACACAUUUAUUUUGGGAUCCACCUGUAAACCUCAUUUGCCUGAUUGAAAUUGCGGAGAAAAGGCCAUUGUCUCCGUCCAGUAGUGGAACGAGAUUGCGUGAAGAUGAUGUACGGCGUAGUAAAAUACGUCACGAUGUGAGUGCGGAUUCACAGCUCAGGGCAUUUCGCCCGGUUCCCCUCUGCUCAUGUGUCCCCUCUGCGCACAUGUGUUCAAAUGUGUUAACCAGAAUUGGGUCUUGGUCAGUUUUUGGAUAGUAUGCAAUAAGUCCCCUGAUUACUUAGCUAUCUUGCACAAAGACACAAUGAUAUUAUAACCAGAUUCUUCAUGUACUGCAUUUCCUAUUAUUUACUCAAUGAAAACAAUGUGAUGCAUGGAACAUAAUACAUCAAACAAUAAAUAGUAUAUCAAGAAGUUAUGAGAAAUGUUAACUUACAUCCUUGCCAAUUGUAGACAUUGUCAAUAAAUAUAUUGUUGAGCAUUGACAGUAGCUAAACUAACCACCUCUUUCCCCCCAAUCACUCUCUCAGGUGAAGGACAUCUCACUGGAGGCCACAGGAGCUUUGUGAAGCCAGUGGGACACAAUACAUGGAGAGAUGACCAACCAAUCACUGUUGAUGAGGGGAGUGGAACCUCAACCCAGCACGUUAUCGUGAUAGAGUCUGAAGAUGCAGAGGCUGCAGGUCCUGGGGUCAAGCCGGAGGGGUCUGAAGGAGAGGAGGACCCAUGGCACAGCAGAGACAUCCAGACUGGAGCAGCAUCUGGUGCGCCCCAUGUAGCCACGGAGGACCCCACCUCCCCUGUCCAGCCCAGGAUCCGACACUGCAUCACGGAGGUCAGUGGAAUGCCGAACUUCGCCCUCAAGUCAGAGACCAACACCAAGACAUUAACUGAAACACACAGGCUAUUACACACAGGAACUGACCACAGAUCAGACCCAAAGAGACUGGGGCCACUCCGCUGUCCUGCUGCUCCCGGUUCCGAAUACUUACCGGUAUUUCAGAGCCAGAAGACGGUUCAUUCCCGUGGAGAUGGUGAUGCGUUAGACACUGGUGUUGAUGAUCCGUCUUGUUCUUACUCUACAGAGAUGGACUCUGGCAACAUGCCCUUGUGUUUAGAGACACAGAAUGAUCUGUCUAGAGGGGGGUGGAACCGGUACACUAGUAGUGUACACUCUGAAGGGUGCCUAGAUAAGAAAGGGGAGGUUAUAGUCAUUGAUGAAGUGACUGUGAAAAUGGAGGGCGACAUUUCUCUCACAUGGAAUGCAGAUAGUCACCUAGGUGACGGACACUCACAAGGCAGAGACUUCUUAGAUUACAGGGAAAGUCUAGAGACAAAUCCAAAUGUCGCGACCCACUCCCCUUUACACACACUCAAGGAUCGGGACCCAGUGUCCACAUCAAUGGGGCCUUCCGAUUCACACAGCCUUUUCGAUCAGGUAUUGAACUCAAACGACAGCGCUAGAGCCCAGGCUCGGGAAGGGGGAGCAACAUCAGACAGUAGUAAAGAGAAACGGUUCCUCUGCAUGUUCUGUAACAAAGGCUUCAGCUGCCUCCAGAAGGUGGAGAUUCAUCAGAGGUUCCACACAGGGGUGAAACCCUUCAGCUGUAACCAGUGUCACAUGUGCUUCGCCCAGGCUGGUGACCUGAAGAGGCACCAGAGGGUCCACACAGGGGAGAAACCCUACAGCUGCCCCCAGUGUGAGAAGAGGUUCUCCCGCCUGGACAAACUGAAGAUGCACCUGAAGGUCCACACGGGAGAGAGGCCGUUCGCCUGUACACACUGCAGGAAGAGGUUCUCAGAGAGGAGUUACCUCAGGAUACACCAGCAGAAAAACCAUUCCACUCUAUAACAUGGAAAGUAACAUUGCACUCCAUAGCUUCUGAGGUUUAGAUCAAAUAUUGAAUUAAAGAUAAAUAUUAAUUUGUAAUUGUCAGCAGAAAAGAUCCACAGAUGAAUUUGGAAUAACGAGAGUAACAGAUUUCAUUGUUGAAUAUUCCUGGGUAGAAUAUUGCAUCCAGACAUUGUGUGAUAUAUAAGGCAUAUAUAUAUAUAUACGCAUAAAAAGUCUGAUACAUAGUGUUUGUACUGUGUAGGAUAUAUGUUCACAAAUGCCUAUUUGAUUACUUCCAUUAAACUAUUACAUUUUUAAAGUUCAUGCAUCUUUUUAGUUGAGAUGUGUAUGUGUGGUUUUCAUAUGGUGUAUUUAACACUUGUUUAUGUUUAAUAAACACAAAAUGGGACUUUUCA